GCGCAGACGUUAUCAGCGCUCAGUUGGCAGCACGGCCACACUUUCGCCGGGUUUUUUUUUUGUUAACAUUCGUCGUUGGUUGCCGGCAGAGUUAGAACUACGUGUAUCCACAUGACGUCUAGGGGCGACAGUCGUCAGCAUGGAUCGCACCGCCUUCGCGUCCCUUGUCAGCCCGUAUCGCCGGCGUCCGUGGAUGACGGAGCAAGGAGCGGCGGCUCCGUCUAGCGCUCAGGUCGGGCUCAAGGGCAUUAUCGCCGGCGGCAUUACGGGCGGCAUCGAGAUCUGCAUCACUUAUCCCACCGAGUAUGUGAAGACACAGUUGCAGCUGGACGAGAAGGGAGCGGCCAAGAAGUACAAUGGCAUCUUCGAUUGCGUCAAGAAGACGGUGGGGGAGCGUGGAUUCUUUGGUCUCUACCGUGGUCUCAGUGUGCUCGUCUAUGGCAGCAUUCCAAAGUCAGCCGCGAGAUUCGGUGCUUUUGAAUUCCUGAGAUCGAAGGCCGCGGACUCUCGUGGACAUCUAAGCAACUCCGGAAAGAUGCUUUGCGGCUUGGGCGCUGGCGUCUGUGAGGCCAUCGUUGCAGUAACCCCCAUGGAGACCAUCAAGGUGAAGUUCAUAAACGAUCGGCGCAGCGCCAAUCCCAAGUUCAAGGGAUUCAUUCACGGAGUGGGCCAGAUCAUCAAGGCGGAGGGCAUCUCUGGUAUCUACAAGGGCCUUACGGCCACGAUCCUGAAGCAGGGCACCAACCAGGCCAUCCGCUUCCUAGUACUGGAGUCUCUUAGGGAAUGGUACAAGGGUGACGAUCACACGAAGUCAGUGCCCAAGCUGUUGGUGGGAGUGUUUGGAGUUAUUGCCGGAGCAGCCUCGGUGUUCGGCAACACGCCUCUGGAUGUGAUCAAGACGAGGAUGCAGGGUUUGGAAGCUUCGAAAUACAAGAACACUGCCCAUUGUGCAUAUGAGAUUAUGAAGAACGAAGGUCCCGUCGCCUUCUACAAGGGCACCGUGCCAAGAUUGGGUCGUGUGUGCAUGGAUGUGGCCAUCACCUUCAUGAUUUACGACUCCUUCAUGGAUCUGUUCAACAAGGUGUGGGUGUAACUUAGCAGGCGGCUUGGCGACUUAUUUAGUGUCAGAACUACGUGUAUCCCUUGACGCCGAGUGACGUCAGUCGAAAGAUAGUAAACACUUAAUUGUUGUUGGUCAAUUGGGCCCUAUAAAUUAAAAAGCUAAAGCACCGAUAUCGAUUAUAUUGGUAUAGCACUAAAUGCUCUGAUAACCUGGA